AUGUGUGGAAUAUUUGCGUGUCACUGUCAUCCCGACGUCCAGAAAUUCAAGCCGACGGCCUUGAAAUUGGCAAAGCAAAUUCGGCACAGAGGCCCCGACUGGAGUGGAAGCGUUAUCUGCAAAAACACAAUCUUGUGCCAUGAAAGGUUGAGCAUCGUCGGCGUCGAGUCCGGUGCACAACCACUGACCAAUGCGGACGAAACCAUAAUACUUGCCGUCAAUGGCGAGAUCUACAACCAUCGGUUAAUUCGAAAAAGCCUCAAGACCCCCUAUCACUUCAAGACUGCUUCUGACUGCGAGGUUAUCAUUCCCUUGUAUAUGGAAUAUGGACUCGACGCUCCUAAGUACUUAGAUGGUAUGUUCUCAUUUGUGCUAUACGACAAAAACCUCGACCGAACUAUCGCGGCCCGUGAUCCCAUUGGUAUCACUACGCUAUACCAAGGUUGGUCCUCCAAGGAGCCGGGUACUACCUACUUCGCUUCGGAGCUGAAAUGUCUGCACUCCGUCUGCGAUGAAAUUCGCUCCUUUCCCCCGGGACACAUCUACGAUACCAAAACCAACGAGACCACUCGAUAUUUCCAACCGACUUGGUGGGACGAGUCAAAAAUCCCAGAUACUCCCCUGGACCUGAAGCUCGUUCGAGAAUCACUAGAACGGUCUGUGAGGAAACGGCUCAUGGCCGAAGUUCCUUAUGGUGUACUAUUGUCAGGCGGUCUUGACUCAAGUUUGGUUGCAUCAAUUGCCCAAAGAGAAACACUGAGGCUCAAGAAGGCGGCAUUGGCCGCCGCUAAUGGCACCGCUACCGAGCCGACUGAAGACCCUGACAAGGGUGAGGGCUUAGUCGGUAUUGACGACGAGAAUGAGCUCUCCACCGUAACAUACCUCCCACAGCUCAACUCUUUCUCUAUCGGGUUACCUGGCUCCCCCGAUAAUGAAGCUGCUGUCAAGGUAGCUAAGUUCCUCGGCACGAAACAUCACGUCAUGACCUUCACUAUUGAGGAUGGUCUUAACGCAUUAUCUGAUGUCAUUUACCAUCUCGAGACGUACGAUGUGACCACAAUCCGUGCCUCGACACCUAUGUACCUGCUGUCGCGAAAGAUCAAGGCCAUGGGGAUUAAGAUGGUACUUAGUGGUGAAGGAAGUGAUGAAAUUUUUGGAGGAUACCUCUACUUCCAUGCAGCGCCGGAUAAGAGGCUUUUCAUGAAGAGACCGUCCGCCGAGUCAAGAACCUCCAUCUUGCAGAUUGCCUACGAGCUAACAAGUCUACUUCGGCUUGGGGUCUCGAGGCUCGUGUCCCCUUCCUCGACAAGCAGGUAUUUCCUCGAAGUCUGCAUGAACAUCGACCCCCAGGAGAAGAUGAUUACCAAGGAACGAAUUGAGAAAUGGAUUCUGAGAAAAGCGUUCGAUACUUCUGACGAUCCCAGCGCCGAGCCAUACUUACCGGACGAGAUCCUUUGGAGACAGAAGGAACAAUUCUCUGAUGGUGUUGGCUAUGGUUGGAUUGAUGCUCUAAAGGAUAACGCUGAACAUCAUGUCACCGAUGAGAUGAUGAAGAACCCCAAGCCUGAGUGGGGCAACGAUAUCCCCGAUACCAAGGAGGCUUACUGGUACCGUACGAUGUUUGACGAGCAUUUUCCCUCCUCACUGCGCAUCUACUGUGAUGCGAUGGACCCCGACAUGGUCAAAACAGACCGAUCCUAG